AUGGAAUCCAAAGCGAUUAUCAUGAAAGUUUCCAAGCCAACAGACUGGGUUAACUCACUAGUGAUACGUGAGAAAGCAAACGGUCGACUGCGCCUAUGUCUAGAUCCCAAGGACCUCAACCGAGCCAUCAAAAGAGAUCACUACCCUGUGCCUACUCUCGAAGAAAUCACACCUAAGCUAUCCGGUGCUAAAAUGUUUAGCAAGCUUGAUGCCAGAAACGGCUAUUGGAAUGUCGAACUAGAUGAACAGUCUACGUACCUCACCACAUUCAACACCCCUUUUGGCCGAUACAGAUUCUUGAGAAUGCCCUUUGGUCUCAGGAUGAGUCAGGAUGUCUUUCAGCAAAAGAUAGACGAAACCUAUCGUGGCUGUGAAGGCACUGUGGGCAUCGCUGACGAUAUACAAGUAUUCGGCAAAAGCGCAAGAGACCAUGACAUACACCUUCAUGAAGCUAUGGAACACACCAGACGUGCAGGGAUCAAGUUGAAUGCCGAAAAAUGCAUCAUCAAAACGACUGAAUGUAGUUUCUUCGGACUGAUAUACUCACCCGAUGGAGUGAGGCCCAACCCAGAUAAAGUAAAGGCGGUUGAAAUGAUGCAGCCCCCAGGUGAUAGGAAACAACUGCGAACCUUCCUAGGGCUGGUCAACUACAUGGGCCCAUUCAUCCCUCAAUUAGCUGAACACUCCGCAUCACUGCGGACACUCCUUCGUGAAGAUGUUGAGUACAUCUGGUCUCCAUCACACACAAAAGUGUUCAACUCCAUCAAAGCUCUGAUAGCAUCAGACACCACACUCGCUUACUACGACCAGAAGCAGCCUGUAAUACUGCAAGUUGACGCAUCAACCAGAGGACUAGGAGCAACCCUAGUACAAAAAGGUCGUCCGAUAGCAUUUGCAUCAAAAGCUCUCACACCAGCAAAGACACGAUAUGCAAACAUAGAGCGAGAAUUACUAGCAGUCCUAUAUGGAUGUGAGAAGUUUCAUACUUACCUGUACGGUAGAAGAUUUCUCGUGGAAAGUGACCACCGCCCACUCCAGCAUAUCCACAAGAAAAACUUAAUGCAGGCCCCACCACGACUACAGCGCAUACUUCUGCGUCUACAGGCUUACGAUAUAGAAAUACGCUACAAGCCUGGUAAAGAGAUGGUCGUUGCGGAUGCACUCUCCCGACUCUCCCCAGUGGAAAAGCAUGAGAUACCAGAGAUGAAAGUCCGUAUACACCAUGUCGUGAGCGUGACACCAACAAAGUUGGAGCUGAUAAGGCAAGAGACAGCCACAGACAUGACCCUCCAGCUGCUGAAACAACAAGUCACAGACGGCUGGCCUGACAGCAUCAAGAAAAUACAAUGCUCCAUCAGACCAUACUGGUCAGUCCGAGAUGACGUAGCCAUAGAAGACGGCACAGUCCUGGUUGGCAGUAGAAUCGUGAUUCCAAAUUCUCUGCGACAGAACAUACUACAACAGAUCCACAGCGGUCACCAGGGCAUCGACAAGUGCAAGCUGCGUGCAAAAUCUUGUGUCUACUGGCCAGGUAUAUACAAAGACAUUGACAAUAUGGUGACAAAUUGCCAUGCAUGCCAGAAAUACCAGCGUUCUCAGCAGCGUGAACCAAUGAUCAGUAUGGAAGUUCCACCACGUCCAUGGCACACCCUUGGAGCUGACCUCUUCCACCACGACAAGGUCUGGUACCUGAUCAUCGCGGAUUAUUACUCCAAAUUUCCGUUUAUCCGUAAACUUGACAACCUCACUGCAAGCACCAUCACAAGAGUUUCACGUGUGCUCUUUGCCGAACAAGGCAUCCCAGAGGUUAUCGUAUGUGACAAUGGCACGCAGUUCACCUCUUCCCAAUUCCGAGCCCUAGCACAGCAGUACGGUUUUCGGAUCCAAACUUCUUCACCCUACUACCCCAGAGGUCAUGGAUUCAUUGAAAGACAUAUCCAAACAGUGAAGAGAAUCCUCACCAAAUGCCGAGAGUCAGGGGACGAUCCCAACUUAGCCCUCCUAACUCUCCGUGCAACUCCACUCAAGUCAAACCUUGCAUCCCCUGCUGAGCUACUGAACAGAAGAAAAUACAAGACGACACUACCUUCAGUACAUCACCCCCCACCAGAUCGUGACGAUGUGCGAGAUACACUGCAGGCCGACCAGUCUUCGCAAACGCAAUACUACAACAGACGCUCUACCAGUACCCCUAUCCAAGAACUCCUCAACGACCAACCCAUCUACAUCCAAAAUCCGAUUAACAAAACCUGGAGCCAAGGUAGAGUUAUGAGCAAAUCAACUACUCCUCGAUCCUACAAUGUGGAAACGGAAAGUGGAAGUCAGCUCAGACGAAACAGGAUUCAUCUGCGACCAGCUCCCCUGAGUUCUACCAAACCAACUCCUGUUCGCAAUGCUCCUUCACAACCCCAGAGCAGACCGCUUUCUAACCGCCCAUCAGGAACACCGACAGUGACGCGAUCAGGCAGGAGAGUGAACAAGCCAAACAGACUUGAUUUGUAA